GAGUUCAUACACUACAGUAAAGGUAGGAUCUUCGCUGGUGGUUGCUCUGUGUGCUAAACAGAAAAACCAAAGAAGUUGGAGACUAGACAUCGCAUUACUCGGUUGCCACCGCAUCGACAGCCGGCUCAGGAACCCGAAAAUGGCCCUCAGCUAAUCGGCGCUCUUUCUUUCCCGCUGACGGAGCUACAAACGACGGUUGCCUGGGCGCUAACGUUAGCACGCUAGCUCGCUCAGCUGAGCACAUAGCAACCGCUGCUAGCUAACGUCACAGGUGACAGGACGGGCACUCUCAACACCAGCUGCAGCUAUGUUCGUGCAGGAGGAGAAAAUAUUUGCCGGGAAAGUGUUAAAAAUACACGUCUGCACCAUGGACGGCACGGAGUGGUUGGAGGAGGUCACGGAAGACACCACUGUUGAGAAACUGAAGGAGAAAUGCUUGAAACAUUGUGUACAUGGAAAUCUAGAAGACCCUAAAACACUUACUCACCAUAAACUUAUACAUGCUGCUACAGAAAGAGUCCUCAUCGACACUAAAACUGUUGCUGAUGAAAAUCUCAAAGAUAAAGACGUUUUGCUGCUUAUAAAGAAAAGGCCGCCGCCAACCCCUCCAAAGAUGGCAGACGUUAGUUCAGAUGAAAAAAAGAAACAAGAGAACAAAGCUCCAGACAAAGACGCUAUCCUGAAAGCCACUGCCAGCUUGUCCACGCGGCACACCGACCGCACCGUUACGCAGCACAACAUCCGAGAUUUUCAAACAGAGCUUCGGAAAAUCCUGGUUUCUCUUAUUGAAGUUGCGCAGAAGCUUCUUGCCUUGAACCCUGAUGCUGUUGAACUCUUCAAAAAGGCCAAUGCAAUGUUGGAUGAAGACGAGGAGGAUCGGGUGGAUGAAGCAGCCCUCCAGCAGCUUACUGAGAUGGGUUUUCCUGAAAGCAGAGCCAUCAAAGCUCUUAGACUCAACCAUAUGUCAGUAACACAAGCGAUGGAGUGGCUGAUUGAAUAUGUAGACGACCCCUCUGCAGACGCACCACUACCAGGGCAGGACUCCUCUGUGGUAGCAGGAGCUGCAGCAGCUACGACCCCAGGGCCUUCAGCCUCAGCUUCAGCCUCUGCUUCUAACGUUUCCCACAACGUCUCCAGGCAGUCGAGCGCAGACGAGAGCAGCAGGCAGGAUGAACUCACAGAGAUCUUCAAGAGGAUCCGCAGGAAAAGGGAGUUCAGACCAGAUUCAAGGGCUGUCAUUGCAUUGAUCGAGAUGGGUUUUGAUGAAAACAAAGUGAUUGAUGCUCUGAGAGUCAAUAAUAACCAACAAGAUGCUGCGUGCGAGUGGCUGCUGGGAGACCAAAAACCAUCUCCAGAAGAUCUGGAUAAAGGCAUCGACACCAACAGCCCUCUGUUUCAAGCCAUCCUAGAAAACCCAGUGGUCCAGCUGGGUUUAACCAAUCCCAAGACUUUACUAGCGUUUGAAGACAUGCUGGAGAAUCCACUCAACAGCACCCAGUGGAUGAACGACCCUGAAACCGGCCCUGUAAUGCUCCAAAUAUCCAGAAUCUUCCAGACUCUCAAUCGCACAUAAAAGCCUUCUGGUGACUCCUGUGUGAUUGCUGCAGAGUGUGUGUAUGUGUGUAUGUGUGUGUGUGUGUGUGUGUGUGUGUGUGUGUGUGUGUGUGUGUGUGCAUGUGUUCAGUCAGACUGGAAAUUUAGGUAUGAAUGUGACAGAGUAUGAGUUUUUUUGUUUGUUUGCUUUUUUGGCCUUGUAAAGACAAAUCAAAGGAUUAUGAAUUCUGAGUUGUUACACUAUUUAUAACUAACGUAUAUAGUAAACGCGCUUAUAUAAAACAAAUAUUACAGUAAUGUAAAUUCAGAUUUAAUAUGUUUUACAGUUUAUUGAUGACAAUUUAUAGGUCUGA